CCGCAGAGUGACCCACACUGAGAUGCUGAACAGCUCUGCACAACGAGACGGCACGAAACUUCAGCGUUGUUUGAUGGACAGUGUGACCGAGCUGUGAUCCGUGGAGAAAGGACAAAUAUCAUCUGACAGACUUCCUGAGGCGACACAUCAGCACGGAUUACUAUGAUGAUAAAGCCAUAUGUUAGACAAGGGGAGGGAGAGGAGGUCGUCAGCCCUCUGCAGUGGAUGGACGGAGACAUGAGCUCACCUGAUGGAGAUACAUUGGCCCCACACAGCUACAGAACAGGUGGAGUGAUCCAACAGGCCAGAGAGAUGGGGAGUGAGGAUGCAGAGGAAGAUGAAGAGGAUGGAGAGGAAGGACCAGAGGAUGAGUCCAAAAGACGAGGGCCUAAGAAAAAGAGGAUGACCAAGGCCCGGCAGGAGCGUUUCCGUGCGAGACGAAUAAAAGCGAAUGCCCGGGAGCGCUCGCGUAUGCACGGCCUAAAUGAUGCCCUGGAAAACCUGCGCAGCAUCAUGCCCUGUCACUCCAAAACACAGAAGCUGUCCAAGAUCGAGACGUUACGGCUGGCCCGCAACUACAUCUGUGCUCUGUCUGAGGCUCUGGAGGGGGGCCUGUCCACAGAAAGCAGGGCUUUUAUGGAGACGCUGUGUAAGGGCCUCUCACAACCCACAACCAACCUGGUUGCUGGCUGCUUACAGAUAGGUCCAGCUUCUGGUGCUGGCAUGAGGCCUGAAGACAGACAUGGAGGUCGGCCGCCACCUACCCUUGGUGGCAUGGUGAGCUACUCCUCUCCAGGACUGCCAAGUCCCCCAUAUGGCACAUUUGACUCUGCUCACCUGCUUCACUUGAGGGCGAUGAAAGGAAGACCCUAUGAGAAUCACUCACCAAGUGAGUACAACGCUGGUGGUGUGGGAACCCCUCCAUAUGAUGGCCCCCCUACACCACCUCUCAGCAUCAGUAGUAACCUGGUGCCCAAACAGGAGCCUUCACCUCACUACCCACCUACCCACCACUACUCUCCCACGCCUGUGGACCAGGUCCUGUAUCAGACACAGACCGCAUAUGACGUACACUUAGAAGGGCCAUAUGACUCCUAUCAUCCACCACACAUGCCCCCCCGACAGAUAACAUCUGUCUACAGAGACUAAGAAGGAUCAUGAAAGCCAGCUCUGCAUCAGCCUUCAAUGCAACUUGAAGGAGCGAGUCCCGUCCUUCACGAACACUCACAAGAGGCUGAAUCUUUCUCAGUAGACAGACUGUUAGUGGAAGAACUGUAGAAUAGUUUGUCUUUUUUAACACGUGUGGAACAUUUGCACAGUAGAUUAGCACUACUCAACAUUGUUAGUGUUAGAAAAUACUUGACUUAAACCAAUAAUUUGUUUUCCAAAACUCAUUUACCAAAUGAUAUGAGGACAUAGCAGGUUGUUGCUGUCCAGCUGCCCGGGUACUGUACGAUAAGCACUUCUAAUUUAGUUUUGGUAACAUCAGAUAUUAUUCCAUAUAAAAUAUUUUUUAUUUAUUCUUUAAUUUAAGACAGUGUGAAUGGAUUGUUUGUUCUGAUGUGUCUGUUUUUUUUUCCAUUUGUACAUAUUUGCUGUCAAAGAUUCUCUUUGUCACUUAGACCGAUAGUUAAUCUAUUAUCUUUGUUUUGUGUCCAGUUUCUUUGUUCCAUUAUAUUCAUGUUUCACACUUGAAACCAUUCAUUUGUGAGAAUCUAAUUGAUCUUUUGUGGUCAAUGACGGAUGAACGGAAUUUUUUAAAAAAAAUUUCUGUAACUGGGAGGUUUGGAAAAGGGAUCACAGAGAAGCAAAAAUUGUAAUUCUCAGGUUAAAAUUGUAAAGAAACUGCAUUACAAACAACUGUUUUCUUCUCAGUGUUUUUCAAUCUUGUUUCCUUUGGGAAAAUUGAUGUUAUUAAAGUACUAAAAGUUUAAUUAA